GUUUCGAUCGUUUUUGGAGCCAGGGGGGAUGCGCACAAUUUCGUGCAUCGCGUCUUGACUCCGACUGUUUUGUCACUUCACUUCACCAGUUUCCAUCUACCGGUGGCAUCGCUCGCGAUGGCAAUUCAAGACGCUCAUGUGCAUUUUGUCGAAGUGACGACACCCCGCCCCAAGGGUACUGACCAACGCCUUCUCGAAAGCGGCCCCAACUCGCCAUCAUCGAGGCGUCGACGAUAUCACUUCCACAAGCAAUGGCUUCUCCAGGGCAUUGUGCUAGUCGCGUUUGCCACGCUGUUUCUUUGCGUGGUGAUCCCGUUUGUACACAACAAUGAACAUAUCCAAGCCCUUCGAAUUAACCAGAAUGGCACCACAACCGUGUCGAACCCAUCCAAUACUGGCAAAGUGAACAUGCUGGUCUCUAUUUCAGGCAUGAGCACUGAAACGUAUGAGGUCACCGUCUCAGCAGUCCUCAACCAAGUGCCUGCUAGCGUUCUCAAUAACGAUAGCACUCGUAUUGUCACGCCUUUUCGACUACAGGUCGGGUCGAAUGUGCUAGCCAUCAACGAAAACACGACGUAUGUGAACGCUCCCGUCACAUCCAAAGUGCCGCUGCUCACAGGCUCGUUGGCCUGGUACCCGUUUGACAAGUACUUGAUGAAGUUGGAAGUACAAACGGUCACGGGCACUUCUCAGUACAAUGCGGGAGGGUUUAAACCCAUUCAAGACCUCGAUUUUGUCGUCCUCACACCGAGCGACUACACGUGGACGUACACCGUUCGCGAUACCAAGCCCGACGACUUUGGGGCGUUCGUGCCUGGCGUCGGCACCGUGUCCGACUUGUCCAAAGGCUACACAUCGCUCACGAUUGAAGUGACGCGGGACUUUAACAUUUACAUGGCCCUUGUGUUUGUCGGCAUUUGGGCUGUGACGAUUGCCAUUGGCUGGAUUGGCAGUAUGUCUGUGAUUUGGAAGCGCCGCCCCGCCGACAACCCCGUGAUUUUCAUCUCCGCCCUGUUCGCCGUGCCCACGUUUCGCAACACGGCGCCGGGCAAGCCUCCGUACGGGUGCUUGUUUGAUAUUUUGUGCACUUACUUUUCCAUUGGGGUGAUCAUCACGUUCCUCCUCCUUGUCGCAUUUGCGUACAUGAAGAAAGCCAAAAAAACAGCUCGCCACAAGAAAGACGACGACGAUACCAUCCCUGUGGCCACGCUGGAUGCAGGCGGUAACGUUGCAGGGGAUGCCGCGGCCGCUGGGGAUGCCGGCGAUGCUGGUGGUGGCGGCGACGCGGGGGACGCUGGGGGUGGUGCGGGGGAUGCCUAGGUCGAAGAAAAAAUGAACAUUUACUGUGAAACAAUCCAAGGAAAAACAACUUUCAAGCUUCACGUGUAAUGAUUUACGACGUACAUCAAUACAAAUGUCACAUAUACACAUGAGCCACCUAUAGGUACUAACUAACAAUCAAAACCAUUGUCAGCCUACGGAAAGGCACAAAGCAGCUCUUGUGCAGG